AUGGCUCUGAUUCAUCUCAGUUUUAUUGCAACUUCAUUGUCUCUUGUAUCAGGGGCUGCAAAUGAACAGAACUGCGGCAAGGUUUCGACGAUUGCGUUAAGAACUCCAAAAUUGAACUGCAAGAUCUAUUGUUGAUCUUUCUCAACUCAAAUGUUACACUUACAAGUUGAAUACGGUUGUGAUCUGCUUUGAUUUUUGGCGAGGAUUGAAGUCCAUAGAAAAACCAGUCUCGCUGGUUUACUCACGACAACCUAUUUUUAUAGUUUCCCAUAUCUUUCUUUUAGUUUUAUGGAAACUGGUUUCCAAAAAAUCCCAAGGAAUUAAAAAAGCUUUACCAUCAUUGGACAGCACUUAUCUAAUCCAAUUAAUGUGGUCCCAAGGGAAAUAAACACUCCCUAAUUAAAAAAAAAACAAACAAACAAGGGGAAUAAUUCACAUGCUGUUAGCGAAAAUGGCUGUGAUUCAUUUAAGCCUUCUUGCAACUAUCUGGUUUUUUAUAUCAACGGCUGCGACGUAACAGAACUGCAGUAUAGUUAGAUGUAAAGUACUGCCGGUUGGAGAAAGUAUCGCAUCAGAAUUUAAACCGAAGGCUUCCGAGGAGGGUGUGCGGAUGAUUUACUUGAAUUUAAAAAUGAGUUUGCCUAAUGGUCGUGGGUCGUGGGUCGUGGGUACAAGUCGUGGGUCGUGGGUGUGGGUGUGGGUAAAAGUCGUGGAUGUGGGUAAUGAUUAAAAGUUAAUUUGUAAUCAUUAUUAAUAAUUAACAAUGUUACUAUUUUUUGUUAAAUGUUAAUAAUUUACAAUAUUACAAGUUUUGGAUUUUUUUAACUACUCGAUAACAAAACGAAAAUGACACGAUGUAUGAAAACUAUACAACACAUCCCCUACUCUGUUACUCUACAUCGACCGCCAGCGCAGGGGGUGGCGGUGGCUACAGGAGCAAUCGAAAAGAAAAAGAAAUAACGUUGAACUAAUUUUAAUUUCUUCAAAUAUAAAGUUGACAUAGGAAAGCUGUCAAACUUGGUCUCCACCAUAAACUGGUCAAAAACGCUUUCAAAUGGUCUUGCGAAAGCUAAACUUAUUUUACUAACAACGGAAGAGCGUCACUAAAAAACGCGAACAACAAUGAGAAUGGAGUGUCCCAGCACCGCGAAAGUUUACUCAUAUUCUAAGUUAUACGAAGAGGUUAGCUCUCUCCUUUAAAUAUCCGAAAAAGUGAAGAAAUUCAAAAAAUUUUAUAGCAAUAAAAGGGGGUGGUAGGCCUACACGACCUUUACCUCAUACCAAAAUGCUGCUUAUUCCAAUAAAGUUUUUUUCUCUGCUGGGUAGAUUAUGCUUUGGAAGGUUCCGCAUUUUUACUGAGCAAAUGUGAUUUUAGCCGCAUGUUUCACACUGAGAGGUCAUGACACACAUAUCGAUUGACUGUAGUUGUUGUUUCUGGUAGGCAGGAUUUGCUCUCUGAUACAAGCGCAUUUUCUUUGACCUCUUUUGAAGCGUAAGGCUUUUUUAUUACGGCUGAAUAAGGGUUCCAAUUUUCUCCAAAGUGCCUUCUGGAUCUGAAUAACUAAGCGAUUGUCUUUAGUCCGUGAGUGUAAUGUUUUUCUGCAAUGCUGUAUCACGCUGGGUCCAGCUCGUUACUUUUCUUUGCAGAAUGUCAUAUUGGCACGGAUAGUAAUUUGCCGAUCCAAAAUUAUAAUUAAAAUUAUUAUUAUGAAGUGCAGCUUAAACUGAAGCUACAUCAACUUACUAGUCGUUGUCUCAAUUUGCGGCCUCUACUCGCUUGUUUUACCCUCCCCACCCUCCCCGGGUUUUAUUUUAUAGCCUGUAGUUUUCAAUAAAUUGUUUUUUUGCCCCAAACUCGUUGCUUUUCUUUUGUGUCUACUAAUUGGGAUCAAUUCAAAGAUAGGCAUCGUAUUGCUUAUUGAGAUAAAUAAUGAUUGACUACUCUUAUAUGGAACUGAUCCCGGCUUCCUUAAUUUUACGAUUUGCUCUUUUUAGCGUGUUGUUCAAGCGUUUGACGAAAACAAAUUUUCUCAAAAUACUAUGAAGGGAUUACACCAGUCCUGAAAAUAGCUCCUAUGGGUUCCUGCCUUUACCCAAUCCCACCCAUUUUCAUACAUUGUGUUAUGUUUGUUUUGUUAUGUUAUUAGUUAUCGAGUAGUUAAAAAAAUAAAAAACUUGUAAUAUUGUAAAUUAUUAAUAUUUAACAAAAAUUAGGAACAUUGUUAAUUAUUAAUUUAUGAUUAAAAAUUUUUUAUUUAUUUUUAUGAUUAAAAAUUUUUAAUCAUUACCCACACCCACGACUUUUACCCACACCCACACCCACGACCCACGACUUGUACCCACGACCCACGACCCACGACCAUUAGACAAACUCAAAAAUGUCGGUAACAUCAGCUACAAUCCGCUGGAGUUGCAAGACGAGUUUCAACCCGACAGAUGGGUUUGGGCUCGGUCAAAUAAUGAGCCCAUGCUAUCUUUGCCUUACGACUUCGAUAUUUUAUCGCUUGGACUUUUGAAUUAUCAAGUUGGAAGCAUGACAGUGCCACUGAGAGAUGAACCGAGUGGAUGCCUUGCGGGAUUAAACUCAACAUGUCAGAACUUGGUCGUCGGAAGAGCACUGUUGAGCAAUGUAACAAGUAAAAGCGGCAACAAUGGGGUGGUCUGUGUUGCAAUGAUAGAUGAGAAUGUGCAUAAUUCUGAAGACUCCAUGGUAUAUCAUUGUUGUAGGCUCAAUGCGUCAAGCAUUAACUGUGAUCUUUCUGUUGAGGCCCGUAUGUCAUUCAAAGUGAUAAACACCUUUCUGUUUCUUUUAUCCGUUGUUGUGAUGUUUUAUUCCCCCGCAAUGCUUCUGAUGUUGCCAGAAGAUAUAAUUGAUCUUCAAUAUGAAUGUGACAAGGAAAGUAACAAUGAAAACAAUGAACUUCUUGAAGUUCAAAAUGGGGAAGAAGAGAGACUGAGGUCAUUUGACACAGAGGAAAUUCUUGUAGAUGACAGGAGUCCGAUAACCUGCUCAGUGUUUUUGUUGGAACAUUUUCAGCGGCUACCAAAUUUAACCCUAUCGUUUAACCUCAAGUUAAUGUUUUUACUCUUUUUUGUUCUUCCAUUUGGAUUUUAUAUUAAGCUGGGUUUAUAUUUUCUCCUAAAGCAGAAAUAUUUCAAUGAAUAUAUCUUGAAGAUACCGGAUCCGGAAAAAGUAAGUUUAUUUUAUAGCAUACCAUCUACGUUUUUCUUUAUUUAACCAAUUUUAUUUCUCAGCCUACUCAAUCUUGAUAUUAACCCUAUUAAUUUUAACUUGCUUGAUGGCAGUUUUGUUUUUACGGCCCAAGGAUUUAUUCCUAAACCGGCAGCCUAUGAAAUGCACUCUAUGUACUAUGGCCGGAAACUCCUUUACCUGUGCUACAGAAAACAAGAGUUCUGUUAGUAUUGGAGAAAACAUACUUCAACAUUUGAAAUUGAUCCCGAAAGAAGCACACCACCUAACGUUGAGUUUUCUUAACCACAAUAACAGCGGUCUAAAGAACCUAGUGACAUUUUCCACCUGUUUUUUAAAGGUGAAUCAUAAUGGCCCACGAAUGAAACGUGCGUUGUGCAUGUUGUGGCUUUUAUCUUCUAGUUUAGUAACGCUGUUUCUGGCAGGUAUUUUAUGGGGAAUAUUCUGUUUGAUCCUCCUUUUUGCUUCAUUAGUAACAAUCCUAUUUUUUUUUUUCACCAGUUACUCUUCUGGUCAAAUUUAGCGUGGAAAAAAUUAUGACCAGAUCAAUGCUAUGACUAGCAACUCCAGAGUGGUCAAACUAAUUUUUUAUUUGUUUACUAUACCAUACAUAGUGUUGCUGUUUUUUGGUUUCUUUGUUCCAUUAUCCCUUUUAUGCAACCUUUUCUCCGGAACAUUUGGCUUUACAAUCAUGGGAUUAGUUCUAAACGUUGAUAUUGUAACUCCCUAUGUAGCUUUCUUCGUCGUUGUCACGACAAAUAUUUAUUUCUGCUAUGCUAAUUUGCAGAAAGGUUACAUAGAGGUGAAAGGAUUCAUCUUAAAAUACUGGCAACAGGAACUCCAAACAACCCGUAGUAGCGAACAAAGGACAAUACCAGCCAAGCUGUUUUGGUUCGUGAGUGAUAGAGUGCUUCCCAUUCAAAAUGAAAUCUGUCUGAUGCUUCGCAACACGGCUGUCAUUGUCACUUUCCUGUUUUUGACGAUAUCUUCGAUUAUUUUUUUCGGACACGAAUAUGAAAUUUCCACCCUUGUGUCGACCGUUGCGGUUUUCAUUAGUUAG